GGUUAGAUGCGGUCCAGAUUGCUGUUGCCAAUAGAGACAGUCUCAGUCCACCUCUCCAUUCAUAAACAAAUCACUUCGACUCGGGACCUCUCAGCUGCCACUGAAGGACAACAAGCUGAAUUCUGAUCUGUAUUUUGAAGUUGUCCCUCUCCGUCUUUUCUCUCUCCUCUAUUGUUUUUUUUUGCUCGACUCCCCCUCACAUUUCCCUCCCUCUUCUCUCUCUCUCUCUCUCGCCAACUCACUCUUACUCCGGCUUCAGCAGGGCCGGACCACUGACUCUCUCCUCUGUGUGAAUGUGUCAGGGAAGCGGUGUGCAUGUGUGUGCGCGCAUGUCUCCACUUCUUUUUACACAGUCUUUAGGAGCGGUGGGCAGACUUUUCUCUUCAGAGUGUGAGAGAGGCAGAGGAGAGGAGACCCCCGUGGUGCUGUGAUUUGACUAAACAAACAGCCAGGCUCAGAGCGGUACCUCCUCCAGUGGACUCCGGGGGACAGCUUAGAUUAACCUCAGACUCUCAACAUCUGAGGGAUUUUUACAUCUGAAGCAGCAGCCCCUGUAGGGACGACCAGCUGGAAAUCUGUCCUCCGGUUUCAGAAGUAGGAGACCAGCUGCUCAGACGGAGAGGAAAGGGUUGUUGGCUUCCAGGAUCACUGUGAAGGUAAGGGGAUCUCUGUCACUCUCAGGGAGUUUUACUUUCAGUCAUGUCUGCUUAGCAGCUUUUGGCAGGAGUGGAGAUAUAUCAUACAAAGCCGAUAAAUAUCACUUCAAAUCACUCGGGAAGCCUUCUGUGACAGUUUCAAUUUCAUGGCUGUAUGUCACAGAGUGGAUCCCCUUCAUCCUAACACCACAGGGUUGUACUUCCAAAUGUCUCUGAUUUAAUCCAAUCUAAUACGAAAUGAUUCACAAAAAUCUGUUUGUAACACUUCAGUCUGCUUUGUCUUGUUGCUGGUUAAUGAUAGUGUCUCACUGUUGGUGGUAUUUGUAACCCACAUACUUGAAUGUGUAAACAACAGGAAUUACAAUGUGAAAGAGCGUGAGCAACCUGUUCAAACAGCAACAAGUCGACGGUUUGCAUCUCUGUACAUAGACACCUUUUCACUCAUCACACAGUGCAACUUUAACAAUGUUUAUUCUUCCCACCAAGAGAAUACGUUUGACAAGGUAUCCCAUGGUCUCACACACACACAUACAAACACAUGCACACUAGCUUUUUAGCACAAGCUGUUUGUGUGCGCUCCACUUUGUGCUUCACCGCUAAAGAGCUGUUUAUUCAGCCCUCCUCAGUCACCCUGAGUGAACUGACAGUCCUUACCGCUAAACCAUCGCUCUCUUUCCUCCCCUGUGAGUGACCUCUAGAGAAUCAAUCUUCUCUGCACAGAUCUGCAUGGAGAAGGAUAUUGAUAAGCUGCAGCUGAUAAAUGAUAUCAAACUUUGUCUCAGUUAUUGUCACCUGCAUCAUCUGUCAGUGUAGAUGCAUCUCCUUUUUAGUGAUAACACAUAACACAUUCAAACUUUGGUCACUCUUAGACAGGCAGACACAAACAACCGCUUGGAUUAUCCCUCAUUCAUCACAGGAGAAGCUUUUAGUACCUGGAGUGAGUAACAUGUGUGCAAUGUGAGCUAUUUCAUGGCCUGGACACAUGUGGCAUGUAUGUCUUUACAGUCUAAUCCUGCCAUAUGUUUUGCACCUGAAAGCCCCCCCUACUUCCCGUCCAUGCAAGGCUGCAUUUGGGGUGUCUAGAUGUAUAGUUAGUUAGCAGCACAUCCAUCCCCUGGAUACAGAUGACCUUCUUGAUAUGGGGGCACAUGAAUUAGCACAAGUUGUCAUCGAAACUAUGUUGGCAUGUGUUUUGUGUCUGCUGCUCUCCUCCUCUGCAGUGAGGAGUUUUCUUUUGAAGUCUUUGAUCCUCUGUGGCUCUGUGAAUAUUUCGGUCCAGGCAUUGUCUCGUACUGUUGUUAGAGAGGAGCUGUUGGAAAAAUGCAUGCAUGUCAUUCCUCUACCAUCAACGGCAUUCGACAGAGCAGCAUUCACAUCAUAGUUUUACAAUUGCUGGAUUUCUCCUGCUGGACUCUUCACAAAGACUUAAACUCUUACAAGUCUUUGCAGAGUAGAUCAGGAAAAUAUAGUAACGUUUAUUUGUCUUUUGAUCGGAGGGGAUUUCUCUCCCCGUGCGUCAGCCUGCUGGUAUGCACUGUAGCAGAGCUCUUCUCCCCGGCUCUGAUGCAGCACAGCCCAGUCGGCUCUGUUCCCCCUGGUCUGCAGACCUAAUCCUUCGUCAUCAGCUGUUUCCUGGCUCCUCGGCCUCUCUGCAUGCCAGCCGCUCAGAGAAAAUGUGCUUCACAUUAUGACCAUGCAGAAAACAUGCCAGGAGACUGAUUUAGCUCACAUGUGCCUAUAUGUAACAGUUUGAACUCAGCAGAAAGUUUUGAAACAUGCUGAAUCUGUUUCGUCCUCUUGUGAUUUAUCCUCUGAUGGCAGAACACACACAGAUGUUUGAACUCUCAGAGCUCGAGCGAUGAUGACGGUCUUUAGAUCUGAAUGAAAGUGAAGUUUUAAAGUCUCUUAGAGCGCACAUUUGUCCUAUCUCACAACUGUUCAUGUUCUGUUUUUUAUAAUCAUACAUAGCAGCCUCUGACUCACUCUGUAGUGGUCAAUUAUUGGCUGAUUCAUAAUUCAUCAUUCAUACUUUUGCACUGAGCUGUUCUUUCUUUGGUAGUCUUUAUGCGUCAUGUUCUUUCAGGUCCUUGUUUCUUUAAUGCAAUACUUAAAGGCUCUUAUUUGGCUCAUAUACCUGUAAGCUUUAAUAAAGAGCACUUAGUGGUGCCGUGUAUCAUCCAGCAUCCUGUCUGUCUGCCUGUCCAUCUGGCCUCCCCCUUGAAUCCUCCCGCUCUCCCCCCUUCCCGCCCACUCACACAGAGCUGACAGGCAGCUGCAUCUUGUCUUGAGUCAGAGAGCUCGGCCAGUCCUACAGAAGUGUCUUCUAGCGUUAUAAUAUCAAACACUCAAAUUCUCACUAAAGUAAAACCUGUAAGAUAAUUUAUUUAUGAGUACAAUGACAGAAAGUAAUGCUUAGUUUAGUUAUAAACUUUGGGUGUAUUUUCCAUAAGCUUGAUAUAGUAUGCUCAUUAACUAUCACAUUACAAGUGCAAAUGUCAUCAUAAGGGCCUGUGUCCACUGACCAAAACAGCUAAGCGUUUUCAGUACUCAGCGUCCUGUGUGUGAAAACACUCCCAACACCCCUUGAUAUCAACUCUGCCAACAACAACGACUGAGGCCUAUACAGUGGAGAAACUGACCAAACUUGUUGUUUCAAGGUACAAUUUCGAGAUUUACAGCUGCUUCUAAAGCUGCAACAUGUUCGAUAUAAAUUUUCUCUAACAUUUGCUAUGAAAAGUCUUAUUGAAUAAAAACAUGGAAAAAGCGUACAGGGCAUUUUUAAGGUAGACUGGACAGUCACGAUGAAGGACAGCUGAUGGGUUGUUAAGCAACUUUGGUAACCAAGCAACAUUACAAGCAGGUGAGAAGCACUCUGAGAUUGAGGUCUGUAGCAUGUGGUUGGUGUGCACAGGCCCUGAGCAAUAAUUUUGGGUGACCUGUUUCAUACUGUUUUUGGGCUGAGCGAAGCUAUCAUGCUGUGCGUUCGUAUUUGUCAAACAGACAUCAAUAAUACGUCAACCUUCUCAUGUAUCUUUAAGAGUGUUUUCUAAAACUUGAAGCUGUUUCUGUGAGACGUUAAGCUUAUUAGGGGUCUUGAAUGAAUUGUUUUUGAACUGCUGCAUACCAAAUUUUACUCAAGAAUAGGAUUUUCCAUGUUUUACCAUUCCUUCAGGGGUAACACAUUAGAGAUGUAAGACAUUCUUCUCUCUGGCUUAACUCCAUCAGGGAAUAUACCGAUUUUUUUGCAGGAAGUUUUGUCCUCCAUCUGAAUCUUUUUAAGCACCCCCCUUCUCUCUCUGGAGUUUGUGCCGUCCAACAAAAACAUGCUGGAGUUGGCGAUACAGUGCAAGAUGGGAGGACAAAGGAAACAUGUCUGUUGCUAUUACAAGAUAAGAAAAACCCUCAUAGUGGAAAAUUGAAACUUCUUUGGUUUUUUCUCAGUUUGUCUUAUGGUUAUAUAUUGCUUUCACUGAUAACAUCAUAGAGCUAGAGGUAUUUAUCUUCCGAUUUGGUGAUACCCAUGCAUAGAAAGGAACACCCAAAAGAGCUAUUCUAGGAUUGUCUUAUGUAAAUGUCAAAGUUACCCUCACUCAGCAUUCACAUACCAAAUAUUCACAUGUAAAUUAUUACCCAGAUUGAUGCUUUCCUGUUACCAUGUCCCCUCCUUUCCCCUCAUCCUUCCAACACUGUUGUGUUCAGGGAAACUUAGGAAUUUUAAAGCCAGCUACUCCUAAUUGUAUUCAGCUGUUUCUGUUUCUUAUUUUCAGGGGACUGUGGGCGUGUAAGGGGGGGCAGUGAAGCUAGGAUACAUUUCUCACAAGGCAAGUUGGGGGGCUCAUUCCCAUAAGUGUUUGUUGAAUGGCCAGUGUGCCGUAAAAAAGAAGGUUACACCAUGCAAAGGGGUAGGCAGGUCUGGAAAGAAAAACGUGGGAGGAUGUUUUGUUGCUUACGCUACAAAUAUAUCUGAUUUCCCUCUUAUCCCCUGUGAUCCGAAGCAGUUUAAACAGACUGGGGCUAAAACACAAAAUUACAGCCUUAACCAGCAGUAACUCUGCUGCCGUUUUCAUAUCUUAAUCAUUCUCCCUCUAUUUAUCCUUCAAAAUGAGGAGAAAAUUAGAUCAUUAAGCUGAUAUCAAACACUAGCCACAUCUGAGGCCUUCAUUCUGCAGCCAGCUCAGUUUUAUCCAAAGGCCCCUUAACAUCUCACUGUCGCCACUACAAAGAGCAUUUACAGCUCUGUUUGAAAGGGAGCAAACCAAAAAUCCACAGUUUCCCAAACAUGUGUUUCCUCAGCAUGAGAACAGAGUCACUUCAGCUGCUGAGGUGAGACCACUCACAGUUACUGUCUCCUCAUACUGGAGAAGACAAAACUCAGAUGGAUUUAUGAUCAGGAAUAGAGGUGUAGGGUUAACGUGUGUCACAUAAUCUGAGGAUGCGAACUUGAGAUGGUUUGCAGCUUCAAGCUUUAUAAUGAUACUGGAAACGUUAUUUUUGCUGAUUUGGAGAAGUUCCAAGCAAAGUCUUGAUUGUCUUAUUCAACAUUUUUCUUGCCUACACAGAAAAACCUUCAUUAUCCUUCAGCCGAGCAACCCUGAGAAUCAGGAAGAAAACAAAUCCUCUUUUUUUUAAGGAUUUGAAUUAUCUCCUGUGUUCACGUAAUGACAGGAGUGAUCUGCAUAUAUGGGCACACAUGCUAAACAACUCCCACCCCUUAGGCAUUUCACUCUCUCCUGGUCUAUUGUGGUUUUGCUUCGGUGUUGCAGAGUCAAGAUGCCAAAGGUUGGAUUUUGACAUGCAAACAUAAGUGUCUAUAUUCUGCCUCAGCACCAGAAGAGCAAAGAACACAGUGGCUGUGCUUUAUUUUUAACAAUAACAUAGGAGCUACAGCUAGUUAUGGUGGCCCUGAGGUGCAAAACAGAACAGCAAAUCAGAAAACACAACACAAAAGGGAAAACACAAGUGUAAAUCAGGAAACACAACAGCAAAAGAGAAGACAAAGGCAAAUCAGAAAACGCAAUGACGUUGACCAUUGUAUUUUCUUUUUUUUGUAUUGUUUUUUCUGAUUUGCCAUUGUUUUCUCUUUCUGUGUUAUGUCUUCUGAUUUGAUUGUCUAGCUCUUCUUGUUUUGAUUUUAAUUUUACUGUACAGCACUUUGGUCAGCGCUUUGUUGUUUUAAAUGUGCUAUAUAAAUAAAUCUGGAUUGGAUUGGAUUUGCCGUUAUGUUUUGCUCCUCAGGGCCACCGUAGUUAGUGCUCAUGUCUUUGUUCUACCCUCUUCCCCUUUGACUGCUUUAAACUGACAACAUAAAGUCAAAUAUUGAAGGCAAGAAAGAAGGAAUGACACUUAAAUUUUAAUGUAAAAUUCACAGAGAUGCUGACGUAAACACUGCUGCAGCUCUACACAUGAACAAAGCAGUGAUGGCAACAUGCUACCAACUAAGAUAUGAACAAGUCAGCCCUCUGCAAACUAUGAAAUCACAAAAAUAUAGUGUCUUUGCAAAAUAGUGUGUCUUUGCAUGUUUUUAAUCAUUACAUUUUAACUACAUGUCUCGAUAUAGUGGUGCUAGAGCCAGAAUAACAUUGAUCACCCAACUCUGCAGUUUUACGGCUCCUGACAGUCUAGAUAAGCAGACUGCACACUGAAGCAUUUCCUGCUUAUAAUAAGUCACAUGUUUUAACAGCAUGUUGAUGACAUGUGUGCCAUGAGAGCUUAAAACAGCCUUCUCCUCAUGAGUCUGCACUUCAUCACUUAAUAUUACAGCUUCAGUAAUGUGCUUGAUCAGUAUCAGACAUGCAGGAGGGUAGUGGAGCUGCAAAGAGAGUCUGCUGCUAAAGGAAGGUUUUCCUCGGGGGACCACGGGGGUCGGUGUGUCUUAGAAGAGUGAUAAAAAUGGAGUUUUGUUUUUACGGAGAUGCACACAGGGUCAUUUUUUUCCCACAGAGCUUGCCAAAGUCUGGCUGUCCAAAGCUGUGCAAAAACUCAAAAUAAGCCUUCUGAAAACAAAAAGUGACGAGCAAAUGAUGUAGGUCCCUUAAAGAGUCCAGUGUCAGUUCAUAUUUUGUCUUAUCUGAGCUAUAAUUGUUUGCAUUGGAAAGAAGUGACCACAAAAUUUGGAGGUUUGUUUUGCAUAUCACAGCUUCCUGUACCCUUCAGCAGAGUAAACAUUACAGUCUGUGUGUGUGUGUGUGUGUGUGUGUGUCUGUGUUUGUGUGUGUGUGUAAGAAGAAAGGCUGUAUGUGCUCCCCCUGCUGUCCCACUCUGGGCUUUGAUGUGGUGCUUUCCCAUAAAUUGUAUUCUGUAUGUCUGCGUUCUCUCUUUGCUGUCUUUUUUUUCCAUGUCUGCUGCUGUGUGCAACACUCUUGCGGUGUGUCUUAAGUUUGUCAUGCUUUGUCAUUGGUCUAAUUGGUCUGUUUUCCCAUGCUGAUUGUUGUUCUCUGCAUAUUCUCUCUCUUUGACUGCUCUUUGUCCUUGUUUUUACUAAUUUCUUUGAGUUAACAUAUUUUCUAUGCAGCCUGUUAAUUAAAGCAGCUUUUCACUUUGUAAAAAUGUCAUUACUUGCAGGUUUUCUUCCUCUCAUUGCGGUGUUUCUUGUCAUCCCCUCAAGUAUUUGGUUUUUGUGGUUGUGGCGCUCUGCUUUGUCAUUGAUGCAUCACUGCUUUUCACCCACACAAGGCCAGAAAAUGUCUUUCUGAACAGGAAGUCGAAGCUCUCCAGCUGCACUUUGAGAGGCUUUUGGACAUCUUUCUCUCUUUUGUUAUAAAUUACACUUUUUUUCCCCUCUUCCUCUAAGUGAAUUCUCCUUCCCAUGGGACACACUGAGGCAAACAUUUGGCCGCAAAUGCUGCUCCAAAAGCAGUUCCCACCUCUCUGUGCUUUGCUUCAUCACUGCCAGAUGUUGCAACAUGCAACUACAGAAUAUAUAGAUAAUCCCAGUGGUGGGAUUACAGUCUCUGCUGGGGGACUGAGGGUGUGCGUGGGCUGCGUGAGCCCUGCUGAGGUUGAGUGUAACGUUCUUCCUCGUUAGCUGGUGACACUUUGAGUGUAGCAAGGCCGAACAUGAAGACCAGAGGGGGGUCAAACAGCCACCAAAUUCCCAGCAUCUGUGGGAAAGCUUGUACGCUAGGAUAACAGUUUAUCUGUCAUGGUGAUUACUGUGCCAUCACUUUCAUAAACACUGCUUGUUUUCUCUGACCUCCACAAUCAUUGCAGGAGAUGUGUAUCCUGUUUCAAAAGCUUGAAAAAACUCAGUAAACAUCAUUUCAAAAAUGUUGUCUUUUCUGUGAUCCUGUGAAUCAGUUUGUUAAGCCUCCUUCAUGAUCCUUAUUUUGAGAACUACUUGACCUCAAUUUAAGGAUGUGUCAUAAAUCUUCUUAACCAGCACUCUGUUGUCUCUGUGGUGUAAGAGACAUUUUAGGGGUCAGUCUACUUAAAGUGUUUUUGAUUAAGUACUAAAUAAACCAGCUUAGUCACUAUCAAGCCUCCCUGGUAGAUUCACACUCGUGUCCUGACCCUUUUAAUACCUCACAGCUCUGUGUGUUUCGAGCACACAGACAUUUUUUUACAGGGUUUCUUCAGCAGAUUCAGUUCUUUCUGCUUUGGUAAAUCUGUCCUCCCUGCAACUCAGUCUUGUGCCUUUUCUUGGCUCCCUGAUCCUACUCAGCACUUCCUAUAGUUGAGUGUUUUAUUCCUUCAAAAGCCCCUGUUUAAAGUCCCUCACCGCCCGUCGGUCAACAUUAGACCUCAUCAUGUUGCAGUAGCCAAACAUUGUUUUUCCUGUCUAUUUCAAAGACACCAAAAUAAAAGUUGAACACUCAUAUUCCUUUUUUGAUCUUAGAGGUAAACCCCCUUCCUGCUGUUGCCCUGAUGUAGCUCUUGGGCCAGUUUUAGCGAAAAACAACAUCAGCAGGCAGUCACAAUAACAUUUUUGAGGUCCUGUUGCUGCCAAGUGACACAUGCCUUUAGUGUCACUGCGUUUGGCUCUUGUCUUUCAAAGUCAUCAUCACUGACACCCAAGAUAGUGGUUCUGGUAAGCGCUGAUGUACGGCUUCCUCAGUGAAUGGUCCCUCCUCCCUGGCUGCUGGGUCCUCGAGGGGAUGAGGUGACCCCCCUUGCUCCCAUCGUCAUCACCAACAGGGUCCCAAGUGUAUCAGCGGUCCUGGGAAAGUUUCAGGGAAGUGCUGUGGGAAUGUGAACUCUACGCAAAGACCAGCGACAAGAAGGGGAAAGGGGGAGAACUGAUGAUGUGUUAUUGUAGGGGUGGUGGGUGAAGUGUCAUACAACAUGUGCCUGUGUGUACAGUAUGUGUGUUGUAGCACAUGCGGUGCGCAUUGUGUUCGUGAGAGAGAGCGUGUGUGCGUGGGCAUGUGUGUGUGUGUAUAAACUCCACAGCAAACAGAAAGAAGCAUCUCUCUCUCUCUCUUUCUCUUUCUGUCUGUCUCUCUCUCGCUCUCCCUCUCUUGCCCCUCUUUAUUGGAAGCAGGAGGCGAGGGAGGAAACGGACCAGUCAUGUUUUUGGAGCAACUCGAGAGCUUUUCGUUUUGUGAGCGGAAGUGCCAAAGGCAGUUAAUUUAGGGAGACAGUGCGUAUCUGGUUUGAAUAACUGGAUCUGGGUUCGUCAUGAAACUUGUUUGAUUGGAGUAUCAGUGACAAACUGGUUAGAUCCUUCAUUUUUUUAAUAAAUAUUUAAAACAUAGCAGGGGAAGUUUCACUUUGAUGCACUUUCAUUGAUACACUUUUCCAUGCCAACUGUGCUCAAACGAUAGAUAAACACUGAGAUAAACUUGAACAUGUUCUGAUAAGAUGCCGAGAUUGCGAAUGUAAAACAUGUUACAUUACAUCAUUCUCAAAGACAGACCAGCUUCCUAAAAUAGAAGUUGUAAAACUGGAUUUCAUUACUGAGUAAAGACACUAAAUGAGGUAAGAUUUCUCAAGAUAUAUUUCACAAUUUUUCCACUGACUCCCUCCUUCUUCCAUCUCCACCCUCGCUCUUCCCAAGCGCCGCUCUUCCGCCCUCUCUCUCUUUCCCACCCUCUCUGGCGUACAGGCCUGUGAUCCAUCCUUAACUGUUUCCAGACGUCUGCGUGUUGAAGGCCCUCACCCCCUCCUCGCCCCCUUUCCAACGUAAUAACAAACCAUUCCCGCUCUCUUCACAGCCUCGCCUUCUUCAUUUUGACUUUGCUGUAAAAUUAGGGUUAAUGAUGCAGAUAGAGCAGCAGGAAUUAACUUCACCUGUGAACCUGCUGCCUUGUGAAGUUCAUGGUAUUUGUACCACAGCACUCACUGUACAACAUGAAACUCCGUUGGUGUUACAAAGCCACUGCAACCUUCCCCAAUCCUACCAAUGCUGCACUGUCAGCAGCUCAUGUGAAUGCCCUCAUUUUCACUUUUGUUGACACCAAAACUAAUUAAUGGCUCAGCACGGCUCUAGAAUAGCUUGGGUGCAGCAUUGUUGCCAGUGAGCGUGUUGCAAAGCUACACACAGUGACCCGUUUGUUGGUGGGCAGAAUGCUGGUGGAACAGGAACAAAAAGGGACAGACAUUGUUGCUCUGUCCUGGUGCAGCCAGGCGUCAAAUAACCUCCAGAGUGAGCUGCAUCUGCACCUCAGAGUCUGGGUGCAGUCCAGAAACCAUUAAAGAAAGGAAGAAUGACAACAGGCUCAGAAAUGUUGUUUGUUGCAUUCAUCAAGUUUCAGGUCCUCUUGUAUGAACUUUUCUCUGAAUUCUUUUUUACAAGCUUGGGCCUGUGAGGAUGGAAACCAAUACACUGUGAUUGAGAAAUCACGUCAAUCUAGAAUUUCAGAAUGUUUUUGUUUUUGUUACUUUCCAGCUGGUUUAUUCUGAACGUAGUUUUGAAAUAAUAAAAGUUGAUCUGAAAAAAUAAGAAUAAGAAUAAGAAGAACUUUAUUGAUCUCCAAAGGGAAAUUCAAUUAUCUGUUGCCUCACAUAACAUGUCCCUAAAAGUUAUCUAUUAUUUACACAAGAGUUAUAAAGUCUGAUGGCUGUUGAUACAAAAGAUCUUCUGAAUCUUUCCGUCCUGCAGCAAAGAGAGAGGAGCCGUCCACCACCAUUGGCCCUUUGGUCCAUCAAGGUGUAGUGAAGUAGGUGAUCCAUGUUCUUUAGAAUAGUCUCCACCUUCCUCAGUGUAGAUCUCUCCACCACAUCCUCCACUGAGUCCAGCUUGGGUUCCACCAACUAUAUUGUCUAUAUAUAGUUAACUAUAUUGCAGCUAUUGUCCCCAAAUAACGGGAACAAUAGCAGCAGAAACGUAUUUUCUAAAAAGGAUAAAUGUAGUUAAUUAGCAUUGUUGUGCCCUUUGUUUCCCAGCAGAUCAAAGUGCCUUGAAAGCUCCAAUAUGGGGAGGGUGACUCCAUUCACGCUCCACCUGACAGUCACAGGUAAGAACCUGGUUUCAUUAAACUAAGAGAUAGAAUUUACUUCAGCAGCUGCUUUCACAGAGACACAGACAAUAAGAUGUUGAAUGAAAUGUGCCGUAUAGCCAUAUAGUAUUGUCACAGAAGCAAAGUAAAAGAAGCUUCUCUCCUCUCAACUUUGUUUCUUUUCUUCUCCAAAUGAAACUAAAAAGGCCACAACUUUAAAAAAACAGACCCUGUAUCUGUUUCUGUAAUUAUUUAUUUGCUGUCCAGCCAGUGAGAUAACACAGCACUUUGAUGUAAAGUAUAACAGAUGCAUUCAAAGUGACCCUUGCUCUUUAAAUGUUUGUGUCACUGACAAAGCAUCAUUAUCCUCCCACAUUUCCACCCCAGACAUCUUAUAUCCUUCAUCAUGAAGAGAAGAGCAGGAUCUGGCAUGUAUUGUUGACGUAACCUUUGACCUCAUGCUGCUGUCUCUUUCACCUCCAACCUGACCUCUUCUUUCUUGUUUGUGCCACAUGAAGCUCUGCUGUAUCUCUGCACUAAGCUAAGCUGUGUGGAGAUCUCACCCGAUGAGGGGGAGCUCGUCCUGACCGAGGGCUCCUCUUUCACCUUCACCUGCUCCGGCUCAGGAAAGACCACCUGGGAGUUCAAGAGGGAAGAUGUGCCUUAUAUUCAAGUGGAACAAACUCAAAGUGUUGGUCAAAGCUACACUAUCGAUUAUAGCAGCGCUACAUCCAGUGUGUUGACUCUGUGGAACGUGAGCUGGAAGCACACAGGGGUGUAUCAGUGUGUUGAUCAAAACACCGGGGAAACUAAGGAGGUGUCUGUUUUUGUACCAGGUGAGGCUUGGUAUGUUGAUCUUUUACUUAAUGUAAAGACAUAUUGUAUCAACACUCACUUCCCAAUCGCUCAGUGGGCCUCUGCUUUCUGAAAACUGCUGAAAAACACAGAUUUUGCAUCACAUUGUUCUUUGAUGUGAUUCACAACAAUACAAGAACACCGAAAAAGUUCAAGUUUGUGAAAGGGCCACAGUACGAUGGAGUAUUAGGGCCACAUUAAGAAAAAAAAAAAUUGACCUCAUGAUUAAAGUUGUUAAUUUACAAGAAUGAAAUAAUUACUUUUGACAAUAAAGUUGUAAUAAAAUCAUUAUGAUACUUAUGGUAAUGUGGUGCUGAUGUGCCAAAAGAUUAAGUCUCUCCUUGUUUGAGAAACUUAUUUUAAAGUUAAUUUUCACAAAAUGCUUCAUGGCUCUCAUUUCGACAACUGUCAUCUUAAACAACAGGUUAAGGACUUUAUUCACACUUUACUCUUGUAAGUAAUUACUUUAUUAGGACUUUAUUCUUGUAAGUAAUGAUUUUAUUAUGACGUUACUCGUGCGAGUAAUUACUUCAUUACCACUUUAUUCUUGAUAGUAAUGUCUUUAUUCUCGUAAAUUAAUAUCAAAGUCUUGAUUUUUUUUCUUAGUGUAGCCCUAAUACUCCGUCGUACCACAGAAAGGGUUUUAAAAAACAGAAAAAGUAAAAGACUUUUGCUUUCUCUUUCUAAAACUACUAAUGCUGCUGAGUCAUGAUCUUCAUUUUGUUUGUGAAAAAUGAAGACUCUUGUAUGCUGAUGCCAAAACAGGACACUAUUAGCUCUGAAGUUUAAGCUGCUGUUUUUUGUUUUUUAUCGUACUCAGAUAUUCAAUUCAAUCCUGUUUCCGUCCACAGACCCUAUGGUUUGGUUCAUAGAGAGCUCACAUGGCAUGGUAACAAAGACCAGCGAGGAAAGCACCAUCCCCUGCGUGGUCACCGACCCCAACAUCAAUGUCACCCUGUAUGAGAAGGAUACUGAUGUGCCCAUCAAGGGGGUUUAUAUUCCCAGUGAGGGGUACAAGGCACGGCUGGAGGACAGGACCUAUGUGUGUCGUGGGGAGAUGAAAGGAGAAGUAAAAGAGUCUCAAUCCUUCUACGUGUUCAGCAUUGUUGGUAGGUGUUCAGCUUAGAGAGGUUUACUUGACAAGCAGCUUUUUCCAAAAAUAAAGAUUUGGCCAUCAAUCAACUCACCCCUCCUCAGUGCUAAAACUCUGAGGAGCUGGCAGUCACACAUAGUUGGCUCCCUUUAAUUCAAUCUCAGAGCUAUAAAAGUUAAUGAGCAUUUCAAUGCAACAUAAAAGUACUUAUAAAAUCUGAAUGCCCAUUUCUUUGUACAGCUUACGUAGCAUAUUCUGCAAGUUCAGUAGUGAGGGUGCUGCAGUGAGUCCAGAAUAAUAAAUUUGCUCUUACAUACUUUACUGUAUGCGUUUCUUAACUCUUUCACAUCAUGUGAAGAACCUGCUUUACAAAUGUGUGCAAACUCUAUGAAUUCUUUCUCUAAAAAUGAGGUCAAAACUAGAUCUUUGAUGUUGGGGCUUGGCUGUAACACUUUAAAAAGUGUUGCGAAUGUUUAAAAAAAAACUCUCAUGGACCCACCGGAGCCAGCUACCAAGUUAAGUCCUGACUAAUGUUGCUGGAUUUGGUUUUUCUUAAAUUAUUCAGUAGUGAUGAAAAAGACGAUCUGCAUAAUAUUUGGAUAAAUCACAUCUAAACUACCACCUCUCUUUCUCUCCCCUAACACUCUCCCUUCCCCUCCCAGUCCCAGAGGCCAUUGACACCUACGUCAACGCGUCAAAGACAGUCCUGAAGCAGGGCGAGCCGCUGACAGUGAACUGCACGGUGCAGGGAGUGGAGCUGGCGUUUUUUUCCUGGGAUAUCCCCAACAGAGAGGUGAGUAGGAGUGAGGCGGAACAAGUGCUUUUGUUCAGUUUUCCCUUUGAGAUCACUUUCAGGGCUAAAGCCAAAUUAAAUCAAGAUGUAGAGACACUCCUUGAUUUUUCUAACCCUGUUAAAAAUCUCUAAAACUUGUGGUGUCGCAAAUAAUCGGUUCAGCUUGAUUCGCUGUUUGGAAUGAUGGUUUGUCGACAGCACACCAAUAAACAUUCUAAAUGAAUGUCACUGAAUCUCAAUGGAAGUAGCAGCCAAAGUUUAUAUUCUGCAUUAGGAGGCAAUAAGUAGUGACACAUCCUCAUAAUUUGACUCUCUUUAAGGUAAUUGAGGUGGAGCCCCUGACUGAUGUCUUGUCCACCAUGAACAUGCGCUCCUGCCUGAUCUUCCCUCAGUCCACAGUGGCCCACAGUGGAAACUACAUUUGCCAUGUCCAUGAGGGUGUUCAAGACCAGAAAGCCUCUGCCAGCAUCAACAUCACUGUGCUUGGUCAGUUUAACACACACACACACACACACACACACACACACACACACACACACACACACACACACACACACACACACACACACACACACACACACACACACACACACACACACACACACACAGAACUAAAACAAACUGAUGCCAGACAGGUUAUUAUUAUGUCCCCCUGACAGAGGAAAGGCUGCUUAUUAUGUAAACCAUCACAAGUCAAAGUGAGAGAGGUGCGUCUGUUUAAGGAAAUGAAGAUGUCCUGAAUUUAUUUCCGUUUGAAGUGUGAAAUAAACCAUGGUCAUGGUGUGGUUGCUCUUAAAAACAAAGCUUUUAACCAGGGGGGGUAGAUCAACUCUAUAUUUAGACUUACAGAAAUAAACUCCAGGACAGCAGAGAUGUUACAAAGACUUGACUCCAGUCAUUAAAAUACAGUGAGUCUAGUGUCAAAGCCAAAGUAUGAUCCCUUCAAACAGCCGAGCCAAUAAAAGCAGGGCACAUCGUGCUAUGGUGAGAUACUCACUGAGCGUCUUCAGGUCUGAAAAUGCUUAUUCUCUCUGCAGCGAAGUGUGUCAUGUUUAUGAAACCCUUAAAUAACUUUGACCAAUGUGCUUCUUGGAGACAGACAGUUUAGUAGUUUUUGCUGGACAUCUCAGUGGAAAAGACAGGUACUGUCUGUCCUUAGACGGACGACAACACACAGCAGCACUAUAGGGCACUGCCUUUUGCCUACCAUCUAGUGCAUCCCAAAACUUUUAAACACCUUAAUAAUUUCACUAAAAUAUUAUCAUUUUUAAAAACCUUUUGUGUGAAAAAAUAACCCAUGUGACAGUAAACCCUGCAAUAGUUACUGAGAAAUGAAUCAUCCAGGAUAUUCCACGGUUUUAGAGUCAUUGAGCUCUUUUUUCUUUUUUCCUUACUGUAACAUCACUGUCUUUUUAAUCCCACAGUUCCAAGUAAAAUGAUGUUUUGGCCACAGCUGCCUAAGUGACAAAUCUCUAAAAUCAACACGACUAGGUCAGCAUCAAACCACAAGUAAACAAGUUGCCUUUGCAGAAGGUUAAAAGAAAAGUAUUUCUCUCAGAAGAUGGAAAAUAAGACGACUGAGCCAAAUGACUGAAUGCUGGACUGUCAUCUCUUUGAAAUAUAUUCACAACUCUGAAACAAUGCUCAUGUUGCUUGUUUAUUUAUUUAAAUCAGUGUUUAAUUGGACAAAUGCUUGCUGAAAAGUUUGCUUUAUGAAAGCCUAAAAGAGGAUAUGACGUUGGUGUCACAGAUUGUUGACCCUGUAAAAUAGUAAAAACACAAAUAGUGCAGUGUUGAAACUUGAAAGAAUAAAAAGCAAGACUAAGUUUAUAAGAGUAUAGUCUUACAUUCCUACAUUAUUCAGCUACAUUUUAUUAAUUAUGUGGAAAAGAUAGAACAGAAGUAAUAACUGUUUGAUAAGUUAUUAAUGAAAAAAAUCCUCUCCCUGCAGAGCGAGGCUUUGUGGAUUUGAAGCCAGCCCAAAAUCAAAACAUUUCAGCCAGACUCCAGGAGAACGUGGAGCUGAGAGUGGAGAUCGAAGCCUACCCUCAACCUCUGGUCCACUGGAGCAAAGAUGGCGUUACCUUGACACCAGACAAAACCAUCACAACUAGACAAGAGCAUGAGAUCAGGUGAGACAUCCAGCCCAUAUAAAAAUAUCUUACAAACCAAAGAGUCACUCAAGGCCUUGCAAGAGCAGUUGAUCUGAAGUGUUAGCUUCAAGCGCCUGUUUAGGGUGACAGCCUCUUGAGGCGUCAGGCUCUUGUCAGUCAUCAAGAGAUAAGGCGUCCGCAGAGAGAAACACAAUACUCUCUAGAGGGCAGCAAUCCAUCAUUCAACACACAGGAACCAUAAACACAAGAUACUUGUCACAACUUACUAAUGCCUUUGAGAGAAGAGCCAAACAAUGUCUUAUUUAAAGGGACUGAAAUCCUACUACCGAGAUUUGACAAGAAAUUUCUAUCACAUACAAAACCCUUUUAAAUAAAUGAGGUUUAAACACGGCAUCAUGUGAUUAUUAUGAUAAAAUAAACAACAUACUAAGUCAAGAUUAGAAGCUGAAAUUCAUAAAGAAAUUUCAAAACCAUGUUGUGAAAGUUUUUAAGAUUCACAGUGGAGAGAUAACAAACAUAUACUCACAGUGUGUGCUAGUAUACACAAUACUAAAGUUUAGUAAGUAGGCGGCGAGUGAGGCAGGCUUCUUAUCGAGUGAUUCAGAACUUAAAUCUUCUCAAAGCACAGUCAUGGAAAUGGAAAACCCCCGUUUCCUGUAGUGGCUUUUCCACAGAGUACCUUGGUGGUAAUUCUAGGGAUUGGUUUGACUCCACACAUGCAGUAGAAAAAACUCCAUCUUGUAUCUCUGGGUCAUCAUGUUCAGAGAAAGAGAGAUUAACUUUGUCUGAGAUUAAGAGAGUGAUUUAUACAGCCUGUAGAAAGACUCGUACUGAGUCUCUGGUCAUCUUUUGCAUGUCAGAGAAGAUCAGAUCAAAACUUUCGUUCAUCACUAAUGAUUUUAAAAGAGAGAUAACAUGUGUCUUCAGAGAAGUAUGGUGACUCAAACACACAGGAGGAAAAGAGGAGUGAAUUCCCUUUUUUCUAAUUUCCUCACCGGUCGUGAUGUUUCCUCUCCCUCAGGUACGUCACCAUUCUUACCUUGGUAAGGGUAAGGAUUGAGCAGAGGGGCCUCUACACUGUCCACGUUGCAAAUGGAGAUGACACAAAGGAAGUGACCUUUGACCUGGAGGUCCAUGGUAAGAUACUUUCAUAGGGAUUUUCAAAUUUCUCAUUAGUUCUUAAGCUACAGUGUGGUUUGUGUCUGUAUGAAAGUUUAGAGCAGACUUUGAUUUAUCCAUGUAAGUGAAGUUUAUGACCACUGCACCCUCUGUGUGUAGUUCCUUCACAGAUUAAAGAACUGACGGACCACCACCUCCCUGGGAAGAGACACUUGGUGACCUGUGUAGCCGAGGGGGUCCCAGCCCCAAGCAUAGAGUGGUUCAGCUGUGACAGCAUGCACAAGUCAGUCCCACCUCCUCUGUCACACUGUGAACACCAGGGGGCUGAAGAUACUCACAGAUUGAUUUUCUACGUCUAACUCUGAGCAUCUGCUCUCAUCCUUGUUUAACUCCACCAGCUGAUCUCAUGCUUUGCUGCAGGUGUAACAACAGGUCGGCCGAGUGGAAGCUGCUGAAACCAGAGCCUGAGCUGCUGAGCAUCCAGACCAACGUCAGCUACAGCGAGACUCGCAAAACCAGACGGGUGCGGAGCCAGCUGACUUUCCACAAGCCGCAGCAGGUGACAGUCCGCUGCGAGACCAACAACUCGGUCGGGCUCACCGAUAAAAGAGACGUCAAACUGGUGUCAAGCAGUAGGUGUCAUUUGAAUCACUUAUACAGAAGGAUGUAUAUUUUCUUUAAUGUAUAUUUAUGCUUUUGAAUGUGGAUUGUACCUGUCUAUUAUUUAAAAAAUCUAAACAUGUAUAAACAGAAAGAAAAAGUGAUCCUAAAACGUUUGGAUUUAACUAAACAAACCCAUUUUGGUCCAACAGAAACAAGAUUUAAAUUCUGAAAGUUUAUAUUUCUCUAUAAAUGGACAACAGGACAAAAAAUCUCUAUCUUUACUAAAGUUUAUAACAACCAACUUAAAUUUUUAACAUGUUUAUAAAAUAAAGUUUUCUCUCUUUUUAGGGUUUAAAACAAAUUAGUUGAAUGUCCUUUCAUUGAAUAUAUCAUUAUUUUGGCUAAUUCUCUUUUUUGUUUUACUUGUUGCAGCGCUGUUCUCCCAGGUGGCAGUAUUGGCUGCUGUUUUAGCCUUAGUAGUCAUCAUCAUCAUGUCCAUCAUCAUCCUCAUCGCUGUAUGGAGGAAGGUAAGAAAUCUCCUCUUUACGAGUUACAACAUGAAAGGGCCCAGUGACUAAGCCUUUUGUGGUGGACUUUUAACCUAUUUCUUAUUCCUCUACGUUCUCAGAAGCCUCGUUACGAGAUCAGAUGGAAAGUGAUUGAGUCUGUGAGCCAGGACGGUCAUGAGUACAUCUAUGUGGACCCCAUCCACCUGCCCUAUGACCUGGCCUGGGAGGUUUCUCGAGACAACCUGGUGCUGGGUAAGUCCUUGAGGCAAAAAUGGACAUAUGAUACUGAGGAAGGGAGCUUAUAUGAGCCUGUGAAGACUGCUGAGUCAACUCAUGUGACACAGGCUGUGAUGAGACCAUAAUGGAUGUUUUACCACCACACGUUUUUUUCUGUGACAAAAGAAAUGAGCACAGAGGUACAAAGUAAGGCCUUUGAAAAUAUUAAACAAUUUAACUCCUGAUCUCCUCUGGGACAUCAAAAUAAAUUGUAGUCAAAAUAUAUAUACAAAAAGAUAAUGGUUUCAAGCUCUUCUGUUUAAUUUUGGUGGAAAAUGUUCAAAUCAAAUUUCAGGGGAAAAAAAUCCAACAACAUUAAAGAAGUUUUAACUUUACAGUUUCAUUUUCUCUUGCGAAGUUUUUAUGUUUGUAUGUUUUUUUGUUUUGGUAAGUUGCGAUGUAAAUCAGGGUUUAACUGGUCAUCAGAUGAAGCCAGCUUUUCAGCCAGUAGUCUGCACAUGUUCAUCAGACAAAACAAAUGAGUGUGUAGCUUUCACCAGGUGACUGCAUUGCUUUGUUUGGUUUGUGUCAUCUGGUCGGUUGCAAGUGCAGCAUACUAAGUGAGGUUUGUUAAACUUGUCUGCUUGGCUCCAGUCCGACCUCACUUUAAAGCUCCUCUGUUUUUGAUGACGUCCUUUUUGUAAUCAGCUGCUCUUUACAAACAGAAAGCUCCCCAAGCCCACAAACGCCUACAAUGUCAGAGAAAGAAAAACGUGCAUCUUUUAUUUAAACCUACUGAAUUCCACCUUCAUGUGGGUAAAAAGUCACUGAAGAAAAACUCUGGAUUAAUAUUUUAAUAAACAAAGCAGUCCUCCUGUUUUUCAGCUCCACCAUGUGUUGCAUUCACACUGUGUCCCACUGAGCCUCUCUUUGUGUUUUAGGUCGCACUCUUGGAUCAGGAGCCUUUGGCAGAGUGGUGGAGGCAACUGCGUUUGGGCUCACUCAUUCCCAGUCCAGCACAAAAGUGGCCGUGAAGAUGCUGAAAUGUAAGUCAUGGGAUGUGAAAAAAAAAAAAACACAGUGGAAAGUCAUGUACAGAGAAAAUUUAUGUUCCCUGUGUAGCUGUCAGAUAUUCUGACAAAAGAAACUUGUAUUCCUGUGAGCUCUGAGGGAGAUGCUGCCUGCUGAGUUUUUUUGAGGUUGCCAGCCUGGUGUGAGUUUCAGCCAACAGGCUUUGAGCAUUUUGGCAAGAGCACCAUGUGUCCUGAUAAGUUCUCCUGUUCUCAUACCUUCCUCUCCCGCUUUCUGUCUCUCUUCUUUCUCCAUGCAGCCACAGCCAGGAGAAGUGAGACUCAGGCUUUGAUGUCUGAGCUGAAGAUCAUGAGUCACCUGGGCCCUCAUCUUAACAUCGUGAACCUGCUCGGAGCUUGCACCAAACAUGGUAAGGACGGUUACAGAAUAAGAAUACUUCACCCAAAAGUCAGUCAUUUCACGCCCUGUUAGUGUAACAGUUUGUGAAACAGUGAUUGCUGUUAAUGGUGAGUAUGUUUGUCUCAGUAAGUGCUCUGGUGGGCAACUUGGCACAGGCACAGACACAUUCAUCCAUUGCUUUGUUCUUAAUGUCUCUUUGCUUUUUCCAUUUUCUAUAAAAAAGAAAACUUAUUCACUUUUACUGCAAAAAGACAAAUCUAACCAAGUGUAUUAGUCUAAUUUAAAAGAUCGUGUAACUUAACAUUUAAUUUUGACAUUCUGCACAAGCAACUAUCACAAAUUAUUCAGGUCUUAUUUUUUCAUUUGUAAGAGCUUGAAGAAAGAUAUCCACACCUGCCAGGUAAUGCACAAGAAAUCAGAAAAUUAGACUGAAGUGUUCUGUAAAAAAAAUUAUGUCCCAAAAAUGCAUGCAUGCUUUUAUCAACCAUUACUAUAAAGAUUAGCUAUUUAUGGGAUAUUAAGUCAAACGUUAUGUCACCUGAUCAUAUCACUCCUGUUUUAGCAUCUUUAAACUAGCUUCCUUUUUGUUUUAGAACAAAUUUUAAGAUUUUACUGACUACUUUAAAGCCCUCAGUGGCCUGUCUCUCAGUUACAUAUCAGACCUGUUUGUCCUGUAUGAGCCGACACAUACAUUGAGGCUCUCAGAAGGAGGGUCACUGUGUGUUCCCUAAAACCAAACAAAAAACUAAAGCAGUUGGAGCAUUUGUAGUGAGGGGCACAAAACAUACUUCAAUUGACGCGGCCUUUCCAAAUUGUACUUGAACCACCUUUUUAAAAUAUAUUUAUGACUGUUUUCACAAAACUCUUUGAAUAUAAAUAUAUAUAGUAUAUAUAUAAUAUACUAUAUACUAUAUAAUAUAUAUUUAUAAAUAUAAUGCAUUAUCAUUAUUAUUACUAUUAAAAGACGAAAUGCAAAAUGUCUAUUUCCACUAGUUUUUUGUUAAACAGUCAAAAAAUAGAAGAAAGUAAAAGUGACAUUAUUGAAAAUAUAAUUGUUGAACUCACCCCUCACUAUCUUAUAAGUCGACCAACAAAUGUUGUCUAUUCUUUAUCUAAGCAACCUGUUGAAACUGAUAAUCACACUAUGAUAAUAAUUACUUUUCUUCAGCGUUGCAUAUUUGAUGUCUGAGUUGUUGUUGUGAUAAGCAGCCUGAAUUUAUUUUAAUUGACACCUUCUUCCAUCAAUCAGGGCCUUUGUUUCUUGUGACUGAAUACUGUCGGUAUGGUGACCUGGUGGACUACCUGCACAGGAACAAGCACUCCCUGCUGCAGUACUAUGCUGAGAAGAGCCAAGACGACGGCUGCCUCAUCUCUGGAGGAAGUACCCCGCUCAGCCAGAGGAAAGGGUAAGGCCAAGAGAAAACGGCACAAACUUUCCACUCAGAGCUGCACAAAGGAGCAUUUUAUGAAAUGUGUGGAGGAUGAUUGUAUCAAUAUUUUUGCUGUAACAUACCAAGAGACAGACACAGACAUCGUUUUCAUUCACACAUCAAGUUUCAUAAGAUGUUGAACCAUGAAUAAAGAUGGAAUUAGGUCACUUAAGUCCAUUUUCAUACUCAAUAUGUCCCUGCAGCUAUGUGUCAUUUGGCAGCGAGAGUGACGGCGGGUACAUGGACAUGAGCAAAGAUGAGCCCUCGCUCUACGUGCCAAUGCAAGAACAGAUCGACUCCAUCAAGUAUGCAGACAUCCAACCUUCUCCAUACGAGUCUCCUUACCAGCAGGACCUCUAUCAAGAACAAGGUCUGAUAUGAGAAAUGAGUGGAUCCAUGUCAGCCGAAGUGUGUACUCUCUUUCAAUCUCUCUCUCGAGUAUAGGCAGUAAUUCAUUUUCCACUGUUGUAAAUGGAGUAUUCAGUACAGUUAAAACAGAACACAAAGGAGAAGGAGAUGCACAUGAUGUGUUUAUGUGUGAAAAGAUAUAUCCUCCAUCUGCAAGUCUAAAAAAGGGCAGCUCAUGAACAGAUUAAUUGUUUUUGUCCCAUAUAGAAAUAAUACAGCUUGCUUUUUGAUCACUGACUGAAGAGAAUGUACAGUCGAAUGUUACAGCACUCAAAGACCGUGCCAUUACUGUCCGUGCAGUCACAGGACUUUGAGGGGGUUCCCCCCACAACAACAAAAACAACAACAACAAAAAAAGAAUAACAACAUCUUCAUUUAUGACACACCCCACAUGUGCUUGUUGUUUUACCUUGUCGUCCUGUCCAGGUGGAGGAAGAUUGGACCUGGUCAUCUGUGACUCUGCUGUUCUGACCUACGACGACCUGUUAAGCUUCAGCUACCAAGUGGCGAAGGGGAUGGAGUUCCUCGCUUCCAAAAAUGUAGGUUAUGGAAAAAGUUACUCAAUGAUACAUGGCUGAUCAUGAUGGACUUAAUAUUUGUAGUUCACAGCAACGUUUCCUCAUUUCUAAGAAGUAUGGUGAUUGAGUUUUAGCGAUAAGGAAUAGGAGAUUGAUUUCACUCCUUUGUGGUGACAGCCAGCAGUUAGCUUUGCUCGGCAUUAUGACCAGAAAAAGAGGAAACUCCCACCCUUUACUUUCUGUGUCCAAACCAAAGUGUUUAAAAAGUAACAUUAAUUUAAUUUGAUUUGAUUCCUCUACAGUGUGUUCAUCGUGACCUCGCUGCCAGGAAUGUGUUGAUCUGUGAAGGCAAACUGGUGAAGAUUUGUGACUUUGGCCUAGCCAGAGACAUCAUGCAUGACACCAACUACAUCUCCAAAGGCAGUGUAAGUGGCAAAAUAACUGCACAGAUAUACUCAGGUACCACUGGCAAGUAAGACACAUCCAGUUUUUAAUCACAUCUGGCUCUCGUUUUAACUACAUUUACAUAAAGAUGCUAGUAGCUGCAACAAAAGAAUCCAAACAGAACUGAAAAAAUGAGCUGCAACAGUUUUAUAAGCUAAUCUCAGUUGUAGAGAUAAAAUUUAAAACCUUGGUUCCAAACUCUUGACUAUCAAAUCUAAAAAUUUUAUUCACAUAGAGUGUUUGUUUUUUUUGUUUCAGACCUUUCUGCCCCUGAAGUGGAUGGCCCCUGAAAGUAUUUUCCAUAAUUUGUACACCACCUUCAGUGAUGUUUGGUCAUACGGCAUACUGCUGUGGGAGAUUUUCACUCUGGGUAAGUCCAAACACUCACAUGCAUAUUUACACAUACGUUUCCACAAAAAUAGAUCUGAUUUUCCAGUAAGACGGAUUUUUUAUUGCCUAUAUGGAUCGCAUUGCAUCAGUUAUCUGCUGGCCUUCUUAUGUUGUCAGAUUGUGUUGAGUAAAGUAGGUUUUCAGUGUCCCUGGAGAUUGAAUGUGCCAAUGUAAAGCUUAAGAAAAUUUUCAAAGUCCAUGUCUGAUUGCAAGUACAUACUAGUUUGUUUGAAAGCUCAUAUGAGGUUGUAAUCUGGCUAGUCACAGUCAAGCUUUGAAAUUAGUUUUCCAUGCUCAGGGUAUUGUAAGUCUUUACUUUUAAAGGCCUCUUCCCACGAUUUUUUGAAAGUACCAUGAAAACAAAAGGGACACUUUAUUACACAUGCCGCAAAAGGCCUCGUCGUGGAAAACAAACUUACAAUCCAGCCUCUGUAAGUGAUGUCCAAAGGUCUCUCUGUACUCUCCUGUCUCACUCUGACAUUCAUUGGACUUUAAGAUACAUUUUUUUCUUAUUUGGGUUGGAAAAGUAGUUCAGAGUUCAAAAUAUGUAACUCAGAUAAACAGGGCUUUUCUUUUUAGAAGUUAUAUAAAAUAUUUAAUUAUUUUUAAAUAUAGGUUAGUAUUUGUGUUAGUGUUCCUAUCAUCUUUGUGUUCGUAGCUUCAAGUUUACGGUAUAGCCUUGGUGAUAUUUUGAUUUAGUUUACAUAUCGGUCCGGUGUAUGGCUUCUUAUUUAUGAGUUCGUGUUUAAGUGACUCUAGAUGUUUUCUGCAGGAGGAACCCCUUACCCUGAUCUGCCCAUGAAUGAGCUGUUCUACAACGCUUUGAAGAGAGGCUACCGGAUGGCCAAACCUGCUCAUGCCUCUGAUGAAGUGUGAGUCAGCGUUACCAUUAAUGCACACAUAGCAUGUAACAAUGCAGUGAGUAACUAAUGAACUCCAUGUGUAUGUUUCAGUUAUGAGAUCAUGAAGAAGUGCUGGGAUGAGAAGUUUGAGAAGAGGCCUGAGUUCUCCUUCCUGGUGCACAGUGUGGGGAACAUGCUGUCUGAUGGCUAUAAAAAGGUGUUUUGUUUAUGCAUCAGUGCUGCACUAAAGAGUUAUAACAACAGCAUUACACAUUCCUGUUCUACCAAUGCUGUUUCUAAACUUCUAUAUAUUAAACAAUUUCCAAACAUAAGACAGUUUAAGACAAAAUAUAAAGAAUAUGUUUUCACGGGAUUUCAUUGCUAUUAUUAUGAUGAUGAUUAACAUUAUUAUAUGAUAUUAUGAUAUACUGUAUAUUUAAAUCAUUAGAGUAGGAGAAGCAGUGGGGAUAGAUAAGUCUAGACUUUUUCCCACUCCUUUUUGAAUAACUUUUUGUCAUUUGUUGUUGUGUUCUUUACUUUAUUAUUAUUAUUAUUAUUAUUAUUAUUGUUGUAUCUUCAAAAAAAACCUUAAUGAAUCAAUUAAUACUUAGAAUAAAGUAUCUACCAAUUCUCAUACUGUUAAAUUCAGUUAUAUCCCCACAGUCAGAAUAUCUGCCCCCUAGUGGCUGUGGCUGGUUGGUAAUCUGGUUCAGGAUUCUUGAGGACUACCUAACUUUGUAGAUGAUAACAAUUCACUUUAAUAACUCUGCAUAAUUUGUAAGUAAUGUAACUUUGCAGGAAUUUAACAUUUCAUUAGUUCUGAUUUGCCAUUUAAUAUCUUCCCUCACACUUGCCAAUGGUUAAUUCAUCCAUCUGCAUCAAACUUAAUUAAUCAAACUUCUGUCUCGUGAACACAGAGAUACAGCCAAGUGAACGAGAACUUCCUUAAGAGUGACCACCCAGCAGUGGCCCGCACCAAGCCAAGACUCACUUCACCCUUCCCGAUCGCCAGCCCAGUAUUCAGCCCCCAGUCUCCUGUCACCCCAGACCCCUACAACCAGAGCCCCAGCCCUGGAGAGCUCAGACGACAGGAUGACACCCAGGAAGUCAUUCCUUCAUACAACGAAUAUAUCAUCCCUAUCCCAGAUCCAAAACCAGAGGAAGUUUUCACUGAUGUGCCGUCAGAAAGUCCUGCAAGGUACAGAGCUGCAGAAAAGGACACUUUACAUGUGUGCUAAACUAACAAAGGAUGGGGAUGUGUUUGUUUAACCAGAGCAGCUUUUUUUUUCCCACUGCACACCCACUCAUCCAGAUGUGGAGCUGAGACAAUAGCUGUAUUAUGGAGGAGGAGGAGACAUGCUUUAUAGCAUAUAAAAAUAUGAAGCCAAGCAGAAUUUGCUUUACAGAACAAUUAAAUGUUUGACUAUUAAAGUUCCAGAUAAAUUCACACAAUUAAUGAAGAUUUUCCUCUUUAACAGCUUCUUGUUUCCAUUGUUUUAUUACUCUCAGUUGUUUAAUACCUGGUGUCUCAGUAGCAGCAGGGCGAUUUUGAUGCUUUGAUUUGGAUAAUUGGAUUUCACCUUGGACACUGUGAUUUGGAUUUGAGCUUCUUUGGGCUCUUAUAAUAAAAGACUUUUUUGCUCUAGAUUAACACACUAGUCUCAGCAAGGACGUCAUGGAAACACCAGGCUGCAUCUAAAAAUCAAAGAAAGUAAUGUCAACGAAAUGGGCAUAGCAUGAUUAUCGCUACUAAUUAACUGAUAAACAGAGAUCUGAUCAGCAGUAAUUAUGAUUAUGAAGUAAUUAUUCGAGCAUGUUAGGAAAAAUAAAUGUAUAUAAUGUCUUUUCCCUAACUUUGAUGGAUGGGGUGGCUUUUGCGUUUAUUCGUUCCACUUGAUGGUCAACUGAGAAUUUUAAGGUUUUGUAAUCCUUAUAAUAAACUCAAGGAUUUGCAAGGAUUUAGAGCACACAUUCUCUGUGGGUGUCAUUGAAAUGGAAGAGUAACUCAGUCUUUGGAAAAAUGUCUGUGGGUGCUUGAAGAAAGAUGAUGAAAAAAAUAAAGGAAGUCAUGAUCUGCAUCACAAAAAUGACCGUGGUGUGACUCCCUGCCUCUUGUUUUGAUCAUGCUCCACUUUUUAAAGUUGUUUUUUUUUUUUUUUUCCCCUCCACCCUUCAGUUCUUUGGUUCUGGAGGAAGAGACGGACUCCCUGUCACAGGACACUGCAGAGACGCUUCCAGAAGAGGAUAGGCUGGAGGAGACCAGUGAGAGAGACGCUCUGCUGGGUUCUUCUGGGACGCCUGAGGUAGAAGAUAGCUUCCUGUAGCCACAUGUAAGAGCCUGGUAAAAACAGAGCAUGUGUCUGGGGGAUUUUUCAAAUCAUGCAAAAAAAAAAAAGGGAACAUGACUAAACAAGAAUGUAGCAAAAAUGAAACUGAGGGGGCAAACUUUAUCCGUCCACUAAGCACUAAGUGAGAAGUAUCGCCUCUUUUAGUUUUUGUGUUUGACCUAGUACCUCUGAAACCACAAAAUGGUAGAAAAUAAUGAGCCUGAUAUUAUCAUCCAAUCAUUGGGAACUUAACAGAAAGAUAACUACGGUACUCUCCCUUCACAUGUGUACUAAAGAAACGGUUCACUGUGAGAAAUGAUACAUUCCCUGCAGCCAGAGAUUCACAAGACCUUAUAGACUUAGCCAUAUGUCCUCUUUUGGCCUUUCACAUCCACAGUCAGUGUAAGCGGGUGUCCUUUUGCCUUUUGGGAUCAGUUUAUUAGAUUUGAAAACAAAGGGAUUAACACACAUAAAAACUAGAAAUCCUGUCAACACCAGAACAGAAUUAAAUUUCCAUACUAGUGGAUAUCAAGAACACUACGUCCUAAACUUUGGAAAGUUUGUAAUAAAUUAAAAAAAAAAAAGAAGAAGACAUACUACUCUGGAUUUUUUUCCUUGCCUUAAGUACUCUUCGUAUUAACUGCUCAUAGUUUUUUAGUUUGUUUAUAUCCCCAGGACAUGUAAUACAGAAACAAAUUCUACAUGCACUGUUUCACUAUUAGAAACACACACAUAUAGAUUACAUUCACCACAGUGUAAGAAGUUUUUUUGUUUUUGUUUUUUUAUCUGAGAGAAAUAUAUGAAAUGUGUUUUUGUCCUCUGUGUGUAUUGAAUACCUGUUUUAUGUGAUAGUUCUGUGCCAGACUUGCACUUUAUUUAGAUUUUUCCAUAACAAAUAAAAAAUAUUUGAACAGGGAAUCAACUAUAGAGUUAAAUGUGCGACUGUUACAACAGCAGAGUUUAUGUGAAGACAGGUGACUCUCUCAUGAAAAACACAGCGUAUCACUGCCUUAUAGCACAAGAUGGCACACAUGAGUGCCUUUGUAAAUAGCCUAACAGAUUCUCGUCCUACAGCUAUUGUUUCUUGCUGAAAGGCUACUGUGCUCAAUAGACUUAGACAGCCAUGUGUUUGUUUGAAAAUGAUGCUUGCAGUCACUCCAUGCAUUGUAUAACACUCACUUAAACAGAUUAUCCAUAAUUACUUCACCAUUUAAGACAGCACAAUGUAAUUUUCUGUAGCAAUUUAAAAUGCACAAGAUCACUGUAUCACAAGCUAUGGUACCAAAGCUCUUCCUCUUAACGUUUACAAAUGUAUUUUUUAUAUGUGCCAUUUUAUAUGUUGUAAAUGUGACAAUAAAGUGUAUUAUCGUAGAUGUA